GAAUUGUAUUGUUCUUUGCCCAACCCUAGGAAUGUCCGUUUUGAAUCUGUAAACAUGAAGAAUGUCCUUCACUGGUCAGCACCAGAAGGCGCAGGAGAUGGAGUACUGUACAAGGUGAAGUAUUCAGUAUAUGGUGUUGGCAAGUGGAUUAGAAAGCCAGAAUGCAGGAAUAUCAACAGAACGUGGUGUGACCUCUCCAGUGAGACCUCUGACUACGAAGAACAAUACUACGCGAGCGUUAAAGCCUUCCUAAAUGGGAUGUGCUCGGACUGGAUGGACACCGCGCGAUUCAACCCUCUUACAGAUACUAAAAUUGAUCCACCCAUGGUAAGUGUAUCUUCUACUGAGAAAUCUAUUUCAAUCAUUCUGACUGCUCCUGAGAAGUGGAAGAGAAAUCCUGAGGAAGAAUCCGUAUCUCUGCUUCAAGUGUAUCCUGGCCUGCAAUACAACGUGUCUGUCCUCAACAAAAAAACAAAGAAGCGGUGGUUCUUCACCGUCAGCAACAACACCUUGGUUGUGCCCCGGUUAGAAGCUGGAACAGCUUAUUGUGUCAGUGCACAGAUAUAUGUCACCACACCACUUCUGCACAGUGGGUUCUCAAAAGAAUAUUGCAUUGCUACUUUGAAAGAUAAAACGGCAGAUGAGACUGUAACAAUCGUAUUUGGAUGUGUUCUGCCUAUCAUGCUUGCUGUCCUUUUUAUUUCAAUGACGUGCUACUGUGUGCACAGGUAUAUUCACGUCAGAAAACAGAAACACCCAACAAACCUGGUAUGGCACUACACUGACAAAUGCAAGGAAAGGGUUUUCAUACCAUGUGAAAAAAUAGUAGUCAACCUUAUCACUGUUAACAUGGAUGAGUACAAGCCAUCUCAGGAAUCCAGUCAUUUAUCGGAAAGGAAAAACCCCCAUUAUUACACUGUUUACAGUGGCACCGAAGGGAAGGAUUUGCCCUCAAAAGAAGUGCUGGAAACAAAACACUUGCUUGAUAUUUCAAGUGAAGAGAUUUCACACGAAGGGGAUAUUUUAGCCAAAGGGGACCAAACUGGGAACUGGCCAUCUUAUGGCAAGCCUGGAACAAAGAAUAUUUUGAGACAGCAAAAUGCAGGUACCGUAGAGUAUGAACAUGAUAUAAGGGCUGAAGACUUCAGUCCUGGUCAGAAACUAGAAGAGCUCAGUUUGAAAGAGAAGACCUCUGUCCACAGGGGACUACUAGGUGAGCCACAGAUCGCUUUGGGGGACUUGAUUAAUAUGAAAACAGGACAUCCAUAUUGCCCCCAGCUAGAGGUGAAGGCAACAGACCCAUGUUUGGGACCGAAAACAGAGGAACUUGAUUUGAAGGUAGUUGAUGCAGCAGAUGAAUUGGCAGGUGAGACCCAUAUCAACUUGGUGGACUUGGAUACUGAAAAAUCUGGACAGACAUCCUGUCCUCAGCUGGAAAAAAUAGCACAGGGCCUAACGGAUAAAGAGGGUGGAGAGACCAUAUUAGUAGAUUGGGAUCCUGACACUGGAAGACUGUAUAUUCCUACCUUGUCCAGUGUUGAAAAUCAGAUGUGUGAAGGAGUAGUCAAGUGUGAUGAUCCUGACAAAGAGGGAAUUUUGUCCAGACUGUAUGAGAAAAAAGUAUCUGAUGAAUCAUCAGAGGACCAAGAAAUGUAUCUCCUGCAAUUCAAGGAACAAUGGGGACUUCAUGUAGAAAUGGAAGGCUGA